AUGUCAGAAUCGGGUUUCAAUACCUUUGGCUUCGUGGCCAGCAUACUGAGCGUUGCCGCUCUGCUAGGUCCAGUAUUUGGUGUCAUCUACUUCUAUCUACCUUCCCGCCGCCAGAAAUACCUUGACGAGCUCCUGUGCGAGACAGAACGGAUGUGGCGCACGGCCGUUGAAGAAGGCCUAUUUGUCGGACAGUCAUUUGCAACAUUUCUAGAGUCGACUGAACUUGCUUUGGCUCGGUAUGACUUGAUUUCCACCUUACGGGGCCGCGUAAUCACAGCUUUUUGUCGUGGUUUUCAUUCUCAAGCGAACAAUUUACGAAUGCAAACCCAUUGUGCUACGACCGUUUAUCGCCAGGUGAAGGGCACUGUAGAUGGCCUAUCUCUGAAGAUUGUGUAUUUGUACGGAGAGGUCACGGAACUUCGCGCCACAAUCUCAACCACAACAACUGAAGAGCGCAAGAGGCUUCAGCGAGAAGGCCGCUAUAUGCCCACAAUGUCACGGACAAUCGCGCGACCUACAGGUGUAGCUGCGCAUCCUCGGAAUCUCGUCGACGAAGCUGUACACUCCUCCAUUGACAGCUUAUCCCAUACUGAUGGCUCGGAUUAUUCUGCCAAUCCAGAAUAUUUACCUGAAGCACCCGCGGAAGAAGGAUUCGCAAUUUCACACAUCAGCAGUAAACCUACCGCACCGAUUUCGGACUCCUCAACUUUGGCUGACUCGGAUAGCGAAGACGCCGAAUUAAGACACGCCCUCUCUGCCACUGUGAACGUGGAAGAAGCACCCGUUCAGACCCUAAAGAAAGAUUUGGGUGCUAUAGGUCCACCACUCUGCUCCCACUUAUUGGGCGUGGCUCCGCAACAGCACCCAUUCCCCACCGAUUCCGCUCUGUACCAGAUCCUUCAUCGAGUCCACCGCGAUCUGAGCUCCAAAGGUCAGAGCCACCCACUGCUCUCAGCGGCUGCAGAAUAUGCCCAUCAGACUGUCGACCUUGAGCCUCUCCUCAGACAGUAUGAAGGCGAUGUGUCGACCUUACCGUCGGAGAAUUCAGAGAUGCAGAUGAUCGAAGACUGCGUUUAG